AUGUCUCAAGACCACGCUCAACUAGAUAGCAAUGUGAUAUGCCAGCACAUAUUCCCCAUGGUGCAUGCUGAUGCGACUAUUUGUGUAAAGGUGUUGCAAGGAUCGGUAGAGUCAGCGUACGGGUACAAGGUGUCUUACAAGAAGGUUUGGCACGCGAAGCAGAAGGUAAUCGCAAGGAUCUAUGGUGAUUGGGACGAGUCGUAUGACCAACUGCGCAGAUACUUCAAUGCGCUGCAAGCUUUCGUCCCAGGGACAAUUGUUGACCUCCAAACGGUUCCAUACUAUGUCGGAAACAUGCUUGACCGUGAAAGUGUCAUGUUUCACCAGGUCUUCUGGUCGUUCCCUUCGUGUGUUCAAGCGUUUAGGCAUUGCAAGCCGCUGGUGUCAGUAGACGGAACACACCUGUACGAAAGAAAGAACACAGAUUCAUGGUACUUCUUUCUGACUAAUUUGAGGAGACAUGUAGCGACUAGGCCAGGAGUUCUUCUUAUCUCCGACAGGCAUGCUGCAAUAAAGGCCGCGUUGGAGCGUGAAGGAUGUGGUUGGGAUCACAAUGCUUACUGUGUACGACAUAUUGCCUCCAACUUCGCAACAAGUUUCAAGAGUAAGGAAGCCAAAAGACACCUGGUUAAUGCCGCUUAUUCGAAGACCCAAGAGCAGGCGCAGUACUAUCUUGAGUUAAUUAGCAGCGAGGAUCCCAUAGCAUCACCGCAGAUGAUGGGUUGGAUACGAGGGUUAGAGCCACCUAAAUGGCUACAGCACCUUGAUGAGGGCCGACGAUAUGGUCACAUGACGACCAAUCUUUCUGAGUGUAUCAACUCCGUUCUGAAGGGCACUAGAAAUCUACCAGUCUGUGCAAUUGUCAAGUCUACCUACCAUCGCCUAAAUGAGUUAUUCGUCGUGAAGGGUCAGCAAGCACAAGCGCAGAUUGCAAGCGGUCAGGUGUUCUCACAGUUCCUGCAGAAAGCCAUAUUAGCGAACCGUGAGGGAAUUUCUCAAAUGUUAGUGACGUCGUACGAUAGAGCCACAACCGUAUUCACAGUCAACGAGAUAGCUGCUGCAGGGGUGCAGUCUCGGUUUAGGGUUAACCUUCAGUUUCGUAGAUGUGACUGUGGUUACUUCCAGGCAUUACACUACCCAUGUGCUCAUGCUCUAGCCGCUUGCGCUAUGCGAGACUCGAGUGGCAACAGUAUGUAG